AACAAUGGGCUGUGGCCAUUCAGAUGCAACUCCUGCUGAAAAUAUAUCAGAUAAAAAUAAUACAAAUACUAAAAAGGCUUCAGGAGGAGGAUAUUCCUCCAACUAUCCUAGUUAUGUUACUCCUAGUUAUGUCACUCCAAGCUAUUCCCAACCUCAAAGAAGCACGAAUAGUUAUUCACGUCCUCAACCGUCAAGCUAUUCUGCUCCAAAAACAUCAUCGAUAAGCUAUCCAUCAAGUUCAUACAAGCCUAGUGCACCUUCCAGAUCCUAUGGAGGCGGUGGAGGCGGAGGUGGAGACGGAGGUGGUGGAGACUGUGGUGGAGGAGGUGGAGAUUGUGGAGGUGGCGGCGGUGGCUGCGGAGGUGGUGGCUGCGGAGGUGGCGGUGGCUGCGGAGGUGGCGGUGGCUGUGGAGGUGGAGGAUGCUAA